AUUAGUAUUUGUUAAUUUUUUUAAUUUUAAUUUAUGGCAUAGAGGAGCGUGAAGGGUAGGUGGGUUAGUAAAUGAAUGUACAAAGUGGAGAUAUGAAAAUUGAUACUCAUCAUUGUUAACCUAAAGAUCGUUUUCGUGAGCAUUAAUGUAGAGUAUUGCAGACAAGGAUACAUAAUUAGUCGAGUAAAGUACCAACCCGGUUCCUGUCCAUUUCCCAAAAUGUCAAGACGAUCCUUAACCAAAAACACGUUCCAUUAUAGUCUCUGACCCUGAACUUUGUCUGCCAACCCGGUCCUUCUGUCACUUUCACGGCGGAAAGUCGACGGAAAAUGCUGAAAUGUGAAGGCUAGGGUAUGACACGGAUGGCUCGGAUUGUUACGUAGAAGAUGAAAUCCUACGUGACAAGAUGAAAUGGACAGGGGCCUUUUUGUCCUCGUCCAAAAAACAAAAACGAUGGCAUUUUGAGGGUUUAGGGUUGUUUAUUAGACAAGUCUGGUCGUCUAUCUUCCCUGUUUUGUGCAUGAAACUGAUACCACCAUGAGCAAUAACAGAGAUCGUGGGAUUGGAAGAGAUGCGUCGGACGAUGAGGGCAGGAGUAUUUCUGUGAGCUCCGUUGGUAGUGCUGGAGUGAGGAUGAAGAAAAGAUUCGUUGCCCCGAAAUGCAAUUGUGGGAUUCAUGCAAUUCUAUUCAUGUCAUCAACACAGUCGAACCCUAAGAUGCUAUUCUUUGGAUGCUUAAAUUUUAAGGCUGCACAAGGUCGGUGCAAAUAUUUUCAACAGUUGGAUGAAUAUGUUUCACUGUUUGAAGAGGAGCAAAUAAAUGAUGACAGUCCUUAUGGUCGGAAUCGAAAGCAAAAUCAUUUUUUGGAUGCAGCCGUUUGGAUGGAGGAGAAAGUGACAAAGUUAGAGGACAGAGUUUCUGGGUUAGAAUUGCAGAUGAAAAAUUCUAGCCACGUUAAGUGUAAUAGGUGGUUUAGUUAUCCAUUGAUAGUUGUUGUGUUUGUCUUUGGAGUUGUAUGUGCAAAUUAUCUCCUUUAG